ACUUCCUUGUCACCUGGCUGGCAGCUCUAAAAGAUAGUACCUCAGCCAAUUCUAUAGCAUCAUACUGUGAGUGUACUAGAAGCACUUUCUAAAUCUGGAACAGAACAAAGUAUUCCAACAACAAUGGAAACUGCAGUAGCCAUCUCUCUCACUCUGUUCAUACUCACAGGUCUCUGUGCUGGUCAGGGUCUGUUUCCACAAGGUUCUGUGAAUGGAGCAGAAGGAGGGACAGCGAUGUUCAUCACAAAUCUAAUCCCACCAGCCCAGCCGUUCAUAACAAUAUCCUGGACUGUUGGUGGAGCCAACAUUAUAACCUCUACCAGUGAUGACUCUAUAGGGCCUGGAUACGGAGACAGGAUCACUCUGAACAAAACUACUGGAUCUCUGGAGCUCAGGAAUCUGACCCUGGCUGACAGUGGAGGAUACAGAGUGGCUAUAACAACAGCUACAGCAGAAACAAUCAAUGGAUCAACUGAACUGGUUGUGUAUGAGAAUAUAUCUGAUGCCAACAUCACAGGACCACCAAACCAUCUGUUUGCAGAUUGGAGCUCCGCCAACUUAACCUGUGAGGCUGCUGGUAACAUCACUACUAUACAAUGGAUGAAGGAAGGUCAGCCUCUGUCUGCUGGUGGCAAUAUAUUAUUCUCAGAGGAAAACAGGAAAGUAUCCAUCAGUCCUGUGAAGAGACACGACAGCGGAGAAUAUGUGUGUAAACUCACCAACCCUGCCAGCUCUGCUACUGCCUCCUAUAGAAUGAUAGUGAACUAUGGACCAGAGUCCAUGACCAUCCUGGGCCAAAACAUUGCUGAGGUGGAGUCAUUCACCCUUAUUUACUGCUCUGUUCAGUCUGUACCGCCUGCUACGUUCACCUGGUUGUUCAAUGGCCAGCAGACAGGUGUACAUGAAGCUGGAUACAUCAUAAGUAGUGUCAGCUACAACAACAGCGGGGACUACAGAUGUGAUGCUAGGAAUGAUCUCACCGGAAAUGUUAUCAGUGUGGACCAUAGUCUGUCAGUGAAAGAUAAAACCCCUCCACCAAUAAGCCCAGAGGGAGCAGCAGGUAUAGCAGUCGCUGUGAUGUUGGUAGUGGUUGCUGUAGCUCUUUGUCUCUUUUUCGGCAUAACUCAUCAUCGGAACAAGAAAGGGAACAAUGAAGAGAAAGAUACAGACGCACUGAGCAGAUCGUCCCAGACAGAGGAUAUGUCCAUGUCCAGCACUGACAAAGGACGUGAGGGGCACGAACUGACUACCCAAAUCCAGGACAGAACCCAUGAUCGCAAGCAACCACAACCAGGCACCAGCCAUACUAUAGCCACCAGCCAUUCACCAGGAAAUAAAGCUUCUGCAGGUGUACACGAGUAUGAGUGCAUAGCAAUUAAGAAAACUGGAGCUCCAACACCACCUUCAAGAGGAAAGCUUCCUACCAGACAAACCAACACUGACACUGUAAGUAGUACUGCACCUCUGGCACCUUGCUGGCACCUUACUGCAUUGAAGCAUUUUGUUAAAGCUGUAAUGAAAAGGAGCACUCUCCAAUACACAAUCUUUGAUGUACCACAUCAUCCCUAAAUAACCUACCUAGGUAUAGGUAUAGAUGAUUUACACAAACGUACUCAGUGUGUCUCGUUCUGUCUUUACUAACCUGGGAAAUCCAGGGCUCCACCAUGUACAGUAAAAGUAUAAAUUGGUAAGUGAACUGUUUAUUGGAUCCUCGUUAUGAUAUUACCUUGGAUUAUACUUGUUUUAUAGCUUUAUAGUUGCCUAGUUGUCUCAAUCUCUCUCUCUCUCGCUCUCCCUGACUCAGAGAGCAGCUGAUCUCAACUACAUAACUUCAGUUGGCUCUGGACUUCACCCAUGAGGUUAUACACUUUAAUCAAGUAAACAUGGACACAACAAACGACUGGAUGACCAGCCAAGAAGACUAGACACUACUGUACUCCACCUCCGAUGAGACACUGGUCUUUGUCUAAUUGCUCAAUGUAAUAUAGACCAGGUAACAGUACACUGAGACACAAGGACAAAUUGUAUCCCCUUAAAUUACACACACCAGUUGAAGUCCUACUCAUUUGAAUUGACUUUCCCUGGUCAAACUGCCAUCCCUCAGACCAUAAUGACCUGUGUUACAUUAAAUACCAUCAGGGGAGUUUUCAUAGAAACUUCCUACACUGAACCACAUUACACAUGUAACAGAUGUAACAUUGGGUUUUUUCCUCUGAAAGGAGGAAGUUUGAGUGCUCCUGCUAUGCUUGCUAGUGUACUAUAUAGGAUGCAGAAGAUUCACUGAAAUUCCAAUAAAAUAAUGGAAUUAAUGUUUUAUUCAUCUCAUGCACUGAACGAUGCAACAUGUAUGGAUUUUGUUAAUGACUCUGGAAUUGGGUGUAAUACAAAUAAUCUUGACCCUCACACUUUAUUUAGAAUAAUAUUAUACACAUAUUAUACACAUCUCAUGCCCUGUGAGUGUUAAAUGAGUAGAGUUGGAGUGGAUGAAAAUAUCACAAACGAGUACAUCAACAACUUUGUAUUUAUCAUAGGUCUCUGUUCACUAUAGGUUCUUGUAAAUAUUUCUUAUUUUGUCUCACAGGAUUAACUGAACAAUAAAGAAAUGAAUCCCAAUGUGAAAUAUCUUGGA